AUGACCCGAAGGGAUCGCCCGUUAAUGGUUAGUGCUAGACGCAUCACGCCUUGGCGAGUCGGAGUUGUUGGAGUUGCUGCACCACAACCACGGUGUGAAGUCAAAUCCCGAGACGGCAGAAGAUGGGAUGGCAAUCUCCAAAAAGCAGUUAGACAUGCAGCCACGAGGGCUUCUGGCGAGACAAUGACGACAUGGCACCGGAGGAUGAUGGUGAUUGGACCAAGCCGGGUUCUGUUAUGGCCUAGAACACGCGAAAGACCCCUUCUCGGCUUCGGCCCAGUGGUUGAGUACACCGAGGUCACCAAAAGACAGGGGCUUUUCAGUGGGGAACAUGGGGGGUUCGCCGCCGUAUCGGCCAGCGUUUGCGACCAGCAGCUGGAGCUGAAUUUAGAGAAGCUCGCGAAGACGAGAGCAGAGCAACAGCCGCAGUUCAAGCGGCGCCAGGGCAUCUUUUGA